AUGCCUACCGACUCGUUCACUGGCCCUUCCUGCAAGGACCUGAUUGAGUUCAUGAAAAGCGUCAAGGAUAUUCCACUGCAGCACAAGGAUGGUUUUGAAAGCAUGUCGAAGAAGGCGAUUGAAAUGGUCUGCGACAUUGACGCGCUCCAUGUCUGGGAGAGCGGCGACGAUAUAGAUGACUUCUUGCAGCUCACGCAGGUUAUCGUCAAGCUUCAGAUUGAAGCGGAAAAGCAUGAGGGGAAGCGACGGAAAGGGCCAGCCAUGGUGGUCAUCUCUUCGGAGCAAGCUGCGGCGACUAAAGGCAGAGAUGGCUUCGAGCGCAUCUGCGAGCUCGUCCGCUCCUUGACAAAGUCUGACGGCAAGAAGCAUCUCAAUGACACAGUCUGUGCAUUCGACGCCAUCGUCGUCGUUCGAGGCAUCAACUAUACCUCUACAAGUAACAGCCAAGCAGCAGUGACACGCAUCAACACAGCCAUCGAGCGCGUCUUCAAGAAGCAGCGCCCCUCCACCAAGCAACUCGUCUGGCACCACGGCCCAACCCUCUCCCUCCUCAUCAGCUGGAUUGACAACACCACCUCAGACCUCCGCUCUGCCCUUACAGCCAUCAGCAUAACCGCUGCCCUCGAUCUCACCUCCGGUGUCAAGCCCUCCCCCAUCGGCAAAGCGAACAAACUGUCUGAUAUCCAGACACUAGAAGAUUAUGCCAAGAGACUCGAUAUCCCCGUCGUAUUUGUAGACCCGGCUAGCCAACUGAUUACAUAUGAGUACCUCGCAACAUACAUGUACUACUGGGCCUACUACAUCCACACGUUCCUCCCCGCGUCCGUCCUCCGCCCGCACUUCUAUGCCGCCCUCGACACCCUCGUCACAUUCUGCUUCCGUGCUCGCGGCGCAAGCGACAGCACGUACGGCGCCUCCACCGUGCGCAUGGUACAGGAGCACCUCUCCGCCCCCACCGCCCGCCGCUGGGCCUGCUCCUGUAUAAGCCCCUCCUCGUACACAAAAGAGCUGUGCCGUGCCGCGGGCACAGAUCCCCAGAUCCACCACGCCGUACAAAUGGCAGACAGCCCUUUCGCACCGUUCGCGCAUGUACCGGGGUAUCCCCUUCCGGCGUUCUCCCGCCUGCCUCUCUGUCCGAGCGAUAAGCCGGCGGAGAGCACGGGGGAGCAUUACAUCGCGGCGCCCGUGUCGUUCAACCUUCGCACGUGUGCGUUUCGCGCGUCGUCUUCGUCGCCGUUUUACGUCCUCCUUCCCCGCGAGGGAAGGGAUGUGGAUAAAGUGACAGCGUGGAUACAGGGGACGAUGAUGGGUGUGCUGGAGCGGGUACGGCGGGACAAGGACGGCCCGAAGAUCUACAAGGUGGAGACGGAACUGUUUGGGGAGGUUGCGAAGGCGUGUGCGUGGGCGUUGGAGGGGUGUAAGGGGAAGAUGCCGGAGGGGGUGGAGGAGAAGGUCAAGUUUGUGGGGGAGAAGUUGGCGAGUGGGACGUUUUGCUAUGUGGCUGGGUUGGUGAAGAAGUCGAAGCAGGGAGGAAAGGGUGGUGGGCAGAUGCAGGGUGCUGGAUGGGGUGGCCAACAGAAACAGGAUUGGCAGACGGGACAGGCGGUGCAAGAUGGAGGCGGAUGGCAGUCUGGCGCCGCUACGGCGGGUGCCGGCUGGGGUUGA